AUGAAGCGCAAAUUCUCCUUCAACUUGGCGCCCGUCAAGAUUCCCGGCAAAGCGGACGCCGCCAAGGACAGGACACCAGAGCCCACGCCCUCACAACACCAGCCCCAGCCCCAGCCCCAGCCCCAGCCCCCACCGCACAAGGACUCCCACUCGCACAGGAGACACCAAUCCAAAGACGACUUCCCUCACCUCGCCGCCUACAUCGACCGCCAGCCACUCACCGCCGCCACAGAGCGCGAGCUGCGCGCAGCAUGUCGCCUCAUCCUGCAGAACUUCAAGCCCUCCGACCAUGGCAUGCAAGAUACAGACCCCCGUCUGGACUUCGGUGCCAUGAACAGGCGGAGACCCGAGCACAAGGACGCCACGCCAGCGGGAGCUAACAACGUCAGAGUCAGAAUGCCCACAGGAGCACCCGUCGACCUGAAGACAGCCCUCGAAGUCCGAAGGCUGCGCGCCGAGGCCGACGCCAAGAAGAAGCCCCAACAGAGCACGCUGCCCGUCCGCACCAAGUCGGCUCGACAGCGCUUCGACGAUGCCUUUGCCGACGAGCGAGGCCGCUCAGCCGCGAACAAGUACGUCAACACGAAGCCUCCGCCCGCCGACACCCUCCAGACACGCCGUUCCCAGCGCAACAGGACAGCCUCGGCCGAUGCCGACAGCCUGGCCACGCCCAUGACCGCCUCCACCACCGAUGCCUGCCUCCACCCUGCCUCCACUGCGCCCUCCUCUGCCGCCCUCACUUCCGGUGCCACCUCCCGCCGUCACUCUCGACAGCUCGACAACCCAGCCGCCAUGGCAGAUGCCCAGGCCGCAGACUGGAUGCGCAAGGAGCUCGAGAGGAGGAGACAGCAGAACGAUUCCCCCCAGCAACCCCCUCCUCCAACCGCCAACCGACCACCAAGCCGUGCCCGUAGCAUCAAAGACAACAUCAAGGAGUACAUUUUCCCCGGCAGCUCCGCUCCCUCUCGUGCCCUGAGCCGCACCCAGUCCCGAGAGUCUCUUGCUUUGGACGAUGACCAAGAGGGCGAGCCCAAGCGAACCGCUUCUCAGCGUGGCUGGCGAAGCUGGGGUUCGGCCUUGAGAGUCAACUCGAGAAGCAACAGCAGGCCAGGAACGAGAGCGCGCGACUCCGAACAAGAACAGACCAAAAAGUCACAAGUCAACCUCAACCGAGAACUGCCACCACUCCCCAGUCUGGAUUCCUGGAAAGACGAGCUGAGGCCACAACCCGAGCUUUCAAGCUCGCACUUUGCAAGCGUCAUGCGUGCCCACGACAAGCAACAGGGGCCCUUGUCGCCAGCGCGGAGCCACCACACGGAAACUGGCUCCGACACGCUAGCCGUGCAACACGCGCAAGCCUACCCACAGAGCCCAUCCCACAGCCAUCGAUCCCCCAUGUACAACAAACAGAAACUCGAUUCGAACAAGACUUCUCCCCGACCGGACCUAGUCGACAUGUCCCAAGUCAUGACCGGCUGGUCCUCCACCAGCAACCUCGCUCCUCGCAACGGUCAUGUGCGUCACCAGAGUACCGACAAUUCCUCCCCUGGGAAGAUGAGCAUGGAUCAGAACCACUUUUCACGCAAGAUAAGCAUGGACACACCGGAUCAUCCCGCCUUUCCCAACGCAGUCAAGCUGCAGAAUAAUCAGCAGCAGAGCAGGCUGAAGAAGGUGUUCCGCGGCUGGAUGCUAAAGAAGGAGAAGAAGGAGGAUUGGAUGCAUACAAUCGAGAAGGAAGGCGUCAAGGAAGGCGUCCUCAUGCAAGACGGUGGAGCACACUCGCCCGUUGUGCGCUAUUAG